AUGACUAGUAUCAACGACUCACCCCGCGCUCACAUUGCCUGGGGCAAAUUUCUGGCCAAAUACCAAUACAAAGUGUCGACCCUGAGUAGCAACCAUGACCGGUCUACUGGCAGACUUCAUUCCCUUCCCCCGGAACUUCUGGAAAGCGCCCGAAAUGAGUGGAUUUCCGACCUGACAAAAUCUGGAUGUACGCCUUACGGCUGGCCGACUUUACCAGAGGAAAUAGGGCAACUAGAGCAAGUGUUACAAUGGCGAUCAUCGGAGAUGUGGAACCAUCUCAUUGGACUCAAGUUAGGCGCCCGUGACUCUAAACAACAAUCCACAUUUCACGGUUCGUCGCAUCAUUCUUGGACCAUGGAGAACGAAGGGCCAAUGGGCAAUACCAGUAUUCACAUGGACGCUACCGCCCCAACACGAACAGAACAGGAAGAUUCUAACCUCGAUCCCUCAUCGAGGGUUAUUGUCUUUUUACCUCGCCUUUAUGGAUUGUCCCCCAGUCUUUUCCAUAGAAUUUGGACCUCAGGAGACGAGUCUUCAGGUUUGAAAGAUUAUGCGUUACUGAAAUGGCGAGCUCUCAUGAAGGAAUUCUACUCGAUGGCCAAGCAGUACGGUGAACAAGUAGAGGAUCUUCUCCGAAAAGUCAAGAACGUCCAUGACGUCGAGAAACUACUUUUAGCAUCCGAUCAUUACCAUCAACAAUUGGCCGAUGGUGUGUAUAGAGAUUGGGAGCAGGCCAUCAGCGAAUGGUCAGAGGGAUAUGCGGAGAAGAAAGGAAGUAUUUUGAAUGGUGAUAUUGGAAUUAUGGGCCAUGACCAGCAGAAUCAUACCAAAUUUGAUAUAUCUGGUCCCCAGGAAAACACACAGGGAAUGGAAACCAACCAAAGGUCCGUUUCAGUCGGCUCUUGGACUGCUUCAAGCGAAACUACAUGUAGAGGAGAGCGUCGCUCUGUAUGCCUUGUUGAUACCUACGGUGAUCUCUCUUCUCCCUCUUCUUCAGCAUUGUCAACAUUCCUUUCAAAUACCAAUGACAUAUUUACGAGCAAAACAUUCUCCAUGCCUUCAAAUUCUAGACACCGCUCUGACUCACAGAGCGAUUUGUCGGCACGAGCUACAAAUCAACACGAAGAAGACCCACAAGAUUUUGUGUUACCUCCCGAUAUUUCUGCGGAGAUUGAAGCGGCAUACGCACAAGCAGGCAAGCUACAUGCGGAGAAAGUACGAAUGAUGGACGACGUAUACUGUCGAAUGGAAGAAGGGAGGAUAUCAGUCUCAUGGAAUACAGAGAAUUACGAAGACUUACUAGGACAGUCAUAUGACACCGUGCUUGAAACCACCGAAAGUGAUAUGCAGGAUCCGACAGAAGAAGACGAGUGGGAUGAAUCUAACACUAGUACGCCAGUACCCGGAAGCCCGGCGUUAUCUUCGACACACUUGGAAAAAAAUUGGUCACUAUCUCCACUCCUCUCUGAGCUCAAUCCCCUUGACACAAUGCCAAUGAAUUCGCCAUGGACAGCUUCUCCAAAGGUUAGAGAGCAGAACGGCGGGAGAGUAGAAUUUCUUGGCCGACCCAAUCAAAAAUUAACCUGCCUCAGUGAUGGGAGGGUCGGGCACUAG